AUGCUUCCCGGAGUGUUAUUAUGGGUGCUUUUAUUGGUCACAUUCGUUAGUGGCCAGGUUCACGUCUAUGUGGACGCCGGAACAAGAGAAUGUUUCACUCGAGAUCUUAGCACAGAAUCCGUGCUUCUUGGGUCCUACAGGAUUGAAAUUCUAGACGAACAAGGGAUUUAUAGUGUUCCGCGUGACAAAGCCAAUACUGGUGUAGUUGUCGAUGUGGAAGAGGUGUUUGCCUCGAAUAAUCGGGUGAUCCACCAAAGGGGUUCGUCCUCCGGCAAGUUUCUGUUCAGUCCUUUAGAACUGGGGACUCAUCGUAUUUGCUUAACCCCUAAGCUGUUUUACAAAAGAAAGUGGAAAGGAGCCGACCCCAUCGAGCUUGAAGAGUCCAGGUUCAAGCGUGCCAGGGUGACACUUGACUUCUUUAUCGGUGACGCAAAGAAUGUUCUUGCAAAAGAUCACACAGAAAUAGAGGAAUUGACCUCAAGAAUUGCAUCGUUGAUUGACAAAAUCACGUACAUAAAGCAAGAGCAGGGAUUCAUCAGAGCCAAAGAGGCCACCUUCAGAGAUUUGCUGGAAAAGGCUUGUGAGAGAGUAGUCUCCUGGCUGAUAUUACAGAUAGCAAUUGUUGGUGUGACUUUCCUUUACCAGUUGUGGACCUUACUACGUGCCAAGCGACUGACUUCUCUGGAAGCCCCAGUCUCGAAGGAUGUCCAGCACUUCGUCAAAUGGACUGAGACCAAGCAGAUUCUGAAGAUCAUGAAUUCUACCACCUUCAUAGAGAAGUUCGGCGCUCCACAGCUUAUACAGCUCUCCCAACACCAUAUAGCUGUCGGAACGGCGAAGGGUGUCAUAAUUGCUUUCAACUAUAGACAAGAAGCCGACUUCGUACUUAUUCCUCGGAAAAACGACCUAGACACACCGGCCCAGACGCAGAUGCCGCAGCUUAGUUGUAUAGCAUUCUCCUCAGAUGCGUUUCUCGUUGCCGCUGGUUACAAGAAUGGAUCAAUUGCUGUCUGGGACCUUGAAAAUGCGAUAUCGAAAUCGUCGUUCGACAUUAUCUACGCCGACGGGUUGAUACGGCCUAUAAGCAUGGAGGAUCGCUUUGGUCGUAACUCGCAAGGUCACUUAGAAAAUGUUCCAGUUAUAAAAAUUGAUUUUGUUGGUGACAAAGACCAACAGAUAGUGUCCUCCGACUUAUCUGGCUUGGUCUUUUUCCAUCGUGGGUUCAGAAGAUUUCUACGGAAGUACUACACAUCUCAAAAGAUUCUAGGGAAGAAUGAUACCAAUGCCGAGGACCCAUCCGCCAAAUUCGCAAUACAAGAUAGCCAAAUUCUUCCAAUAGGUACUUCUGAGCAGAUAACGGACACCCUAGGUUUAUUGGCGGUGAUCACAAAAAAUAUCAUGAUCAUCAAUUCCGUGCGUUCCCUAGAUAAUCCUGAAGUACCACAUCUGAUUAGUCAUUUCAAAUGCUCCAGACCAAAAUCUGUCGCUGGCGACGAACUGAAUGGUUGUUUGUCAUGGUAUCCUUGCAUCGAGGUGGAUAAGAAAAUUCAUAAUGCCAAACUAGCCUACGCGUGGUGCAACAUAAUUCUGAUAGUUGAGCUUGACAACGAAGCUAUUCCAGCAAACAUAAUGGUGGUUACACUCAAUUGGCUUAACUCAGAGAUCCUCACAGCUGUUACCCGCCAUGUUGAAAGCACAGAGACAAAACUCUAUUUUUUCUACUACACUGGGGUGGAUCAAGCCACUUUUACACAAGUAGGAGUGGACAAUCUCGACUCUCAGCAGGUUUCUACUCUUGACUUUGAGCUCAAAGACAAAAAGCAGAUGGUUAAUACAACGAGCUACAGUGGUAGCCUUAGGAUUCUCCGGCACCGCCUAGUGCUCUUAGUCAAUACUCAUUCGGUGUCACAAAGGUCAAUUCUUUCAGGAAGAUGCCUCAAAUGGGCCGAUAGACUCACUGAAUACCUUGCUCACGGGGAAUUCCAGGAAGCCCUUGGUAUGGCGUAUGCGUACUACGUAUCAGAUAAUUAUGGACAAUUGGUUCUUCAUGGACUUCCUCAUAACAGAAAAGAGCGGCAUUCUGUCGUUGAACCGAUUCUUAAACGAGUCAUGGAAGAGUCCAUCGUACCCCUCUUCAAUCCUGAAACCCCAUCAGUUAGAAAUGAAGCCAAUUUAAGGCUCUAUUUCACUCUAGCAUCUAUUUUGUCAAAAGGUGGUUUGAUCGACGAGUCCCUACUUCUGAUGUUGGAUCAUAUCUUUGAAAGGUUCGAGGACCUAGGGUUAUUCUUUGACGUUUUGGAGGAACAUAUAGUAUCCUCAGAAAUUAAGAACCUCUCACCUAUACUUUUCAAGGGCCUUAUUGAGCAAUAUGCCUCGAGUGAUAAGAGUGAACUUCUCGCGGAGCUCAUUUGUCUACUCGACAUGUCAACGUUGAAUAUUGAUUUGGCCCUCAAUCUUUGCAAGACUUUUCAUUUGAGAGAAUGUCGAAUCUACAUUUGGAACAAGAUGCUCAAGGACUACACAACUCCGUUGGUAUCUUUGAUAGAGGAGAUUGAGCUCGCUCAGAGCGAACAUGAUGAAUUGGUCAUUGUAUACACCUAUAUGUCUUAUGUCCUUACAGGACGCCAAUACCCGAGUGAUAGAAUACUCAACCAAGACAUCGAAGUUUAUGCUAGAAACUCCAUUUGCGACAUUCUUUUCAGUAUUGGGCCAUUCACAUGGCCUCCGAAGUCUGGAAAACACUUACUUGGACUCAAAUCCGAGCGAGUGUUUCCAUACUUGACCUUUUUUCUCGAGUUUGACACUUUUGAGACUUUGACUACUAUUAACGAGUUUUUCGAAAAUCCAGCCCUCAAUGAUGAAAUGAGCACCUUGAAUCGACAGUACAUUAUUGAAGCGCUUUUAGAUGUAUUCGAGGCAAGUGAAGAAUUGCAAAAUGGUCGAAAAUCGGUUCUUCAAGACACUGUUGAUGUGCUAUGCAAGAAUAGGGACGAGGAGCUCCACGAGGAUUGUGAGCUUGCUUUGGAGAGCUUGCUCUCGGUGUAUGAAGUUGAAAGCGACGCCCACCUUCUCGAACAAAUGAGGGCAGCCAAAUUUUAUGAUGUUCUUUUCAAGAUAUGCAAAGCUCAAGGCAAGUUCACGCAAGCGAUGGAAAUGUGGCUAGCCAAACAUCAGGAUAGUUCAUCGACUGACAUGCAAAAGAAUUUUGCUGUAUUGGCGGAUAUGCUUAAAAGCACAUUUCAAGUCGAUAGUCAAAAUACGACGGAGCAAUUUCAUUUGACUCGCUUCAUAGAAACUCAUCACGAAGAUUUAAUCAAUCUGAAUGCAGAUGAUAUGGUCGUUCUCUCGAAUACCUAUAGACCAUCCUUGCAUCUUUUGAUCCUCAAAUGUGAAAAUGAUACUAUUUCGUUGAAGUAUCUCGCUUCAUUUUUUGAGAGAUAUUCAAGCUCCGAAUUGAACGCAAUAGCAUUACCUUUACUAGUGAGGUACGUGGAACUUUUGAGCAUUCAUGACAGGAGGGGGGCAAAGAAUGUGAUCUCUAGAGAAGUGAAAAAGUUGAGUACCCAUGCCCUGGAGAAGAAUGAGAUAAAAAAAGUUCUUGAAGAUGCUGAACUAUUCGAGUCCAUGGCGAUUAUCCUUUUCAACGAUAAGGAAUACAGUGGGGCUGUGAGCGAGCUUUGGAGAGCCAUCGAGUUCUUGCUUAAGGAAGUGGAUACAUUCUCUGAAGAUGACUAUUCGAAAAUUGACUCAUAUCUCAACAGAAUCAUCUCUAUCAGCAAAGAGGCUAAACAAGAAAGUUUAUGGACUUCACUUGUUGGAAAGGCAGUAACAAUGAGCGACCUGACUGAAGAUCAGCGUUUGCACAAUAUCUUCAAUGACGCUAUCUUCAAGUGCUUCAGAGCAAUUGAGAAUAAUGAAGGGGUUACGAACCGCAAGUCUACAUUUGCAAUUGUAUUCAACCAAGUUCUCGAAGUGGCCAAGGUUGCAAACAUUAGGGAAACGCUCCAGGACAUUUUGACGUCUUAUUUUUUCGAGUCUGAGAUCCACACUAUCACUGUCGGGAAAGUCAACCAGCGAAUCUCGAAGUACAUGGAUACUAUCAAGCAAGAGGAGCUUCUAGGUUGGCUUGUCACCAAUAAACAUUGCACGAGCUGUGGGAAGGUGAUGUGGGGAGAAGAGAUCAACUACGACGACGACCUAUUCGGAGACGAAAAGGUCCCUCGAAGCCCUUACCAGCAGCAGCAAUUUCCGUCCCAUUCGAGAGUUGCAUCAAGCUCAAGAACCUUCUCCAGUGGAGAGAAUGAGAGCGAUGAUUUCUACGAAAAGCUCGGUGGAUCCUUGUACGGUGAGUCCAACGCCUCCACUGUCAAACAGCCUGGUGUUCGUUUCAGCGAACAUGUGGCCCGUAACUCUUACGUUGGCCUGAUGCAUAACGGUAGGAGCACGGUGGCCUCUCCCUUGAUGGCCCCCAGAGAAUCCUACAGAAUGACACAGUAUCCCCUGUUCGAAUACAAUACUCCAGAGUAUCCGCAAAGCACUUACAAUCGUUACAGUCUCAUGAACAUGGAUGAUAUGGCUAGCAUGCCCAACAGAAUGAGUAUGGGCUACCCGCAGAUGGCGAUGCCAAUUCAACCAGACGACUACAACUUGAACUUGCUUGAAGAAGCAGCUGACGACAUGGAUCCUUUUGGUGACGACGACUCAUUAUUUUCUGAAGCCGACCCUGACGAGUUGAGAAGAGGAAUGACUUUGAAGAGAACCCCUACUCAGGCCAGACCACACGAGGGUCAAGAGGAGGAGGAUUUCACCCCUCGUCUUAACUACACGAAGACUGUCAAGCGUGCUCGUUUGGUGGACGGUAACUUUGUCAUUGAUGCUCCAGUUCCCACGCUGUUGCUUAACACAUACACUCGUCCUUCUUUUGGUGAGAGUAACGAGACAUCGUUCGUUAGAUAUUCUGGUGUGACAUGUGGGCCUUCCAACUUUGUCAACUACAAGUACAAUCUCCGUCAAACGUUGUACUCCCCACCUAGAGAGACUGAGAUCAUGGUUUGCAUAACAAUGUACAACGAGGACGAGAUUUUGCUCGCCCGUACAUUGAAAGGUGUUUUUGAAAACAUCAGAAACUUGACCAAAAGAAAAGACCCCAAUUGGGGCGACGGCUCUUGGAAAAAGGUUGUUAUUUUGAUUGUCAACGACGGUCGUUUGCAGCUUCAUCAAAGAACUCAAAAGCUUCUCACAGCCCUUGGUGUCUUCCAGGAAGGUUACGCCAAAUCGAAGGUGAACGAGAGUCCUGUAAAGGCUCAUCUUUAUGAGUACACCUCUACUGUGGGAAUUGAGAGAGUUACAAACGAUAGAGUCUACCUUUCUCAGAACCUGACUCCCGUUCAGCUCGCUUUCUGCUUGAAGGAGAAGAAUGCGAAGAAAAUUAACUCCCAUCGUUGGUGUUUCCAGGCAUUCGCUCCAUUGCUCAACCCUAAAGUUGUCAUGCUUCUCGACUGUGGUACCACACCAUCGAAGGACGCCUUCUACCAUUUGUGGUCUGCUUUUAAGGAUCCCAAUGUCGUGGGUGCUUGUGGUGAGAUGAGGGUCGCCUUGGGCCAAAAUAAGAGACUCUUAUCUAAUCCUUUGGUCGCUGCUCAGAACUUCGAAUAUAAAAUUGCCAACGUUUUGGAUAAGCCCAUGGAGUCUGUAUUUGGAUUUAUCUCAGUGCUUCCAGGUGCGUUCUCGGCGUACAAGUGGGAAGCUUUGCUCAAUGUCGACGGACAGGGUCCGCUUGAGAAAUACUUCAAGGGUGAGUUUUUGCAUCAAAAUAAAGAGAUGGACGAAGAUGACGACGAGUUUGAGUUGAUGGAAAAGAACUUUCAAGAAUCAGGCAUUUUCACAUCCAAUAUGUACUUGGCCGAAGACAGAAUCUUGUGUUUCGAGCUCGUGGCUAAGAAGGGCCACAACUACGUUUUGCGUUAUGUGAGUGGUGCCAAGGCAGAAACCGAUGUUCCCGAGAAGAUGGAUGACUUUGUUUUACAGCGUCGUCGUUGGCUUAACGGUUCGUUGUUUGCCGCUGUCUAUUCUAUUGUCCAUUGGACCCAGAUUUGGAAAACCAAUCACAGUCUUUUGAGAAAACUCUGGCUUCAGCUUGAAUUCUACUACCAUUUGGUGACUGUCUUGGUGUCAUGGUUCUCAUUGUCUUGUUUCUUUUUGGUGUUCCGUAUUUUGACGAAAAACUUGGGAUCACCAGAAGUUGGAUUUACCUUUGGUUCUACACUUUCGACCAUCUUCCUAUGGAUCUACGUUGCAUGUCUCGUUUGUACGUUUGUGUUGGCGUUUGGUAACACACCUCGAGGGACCAAAAAAUUCUAUACAGUUAUUGCGGUGGUAUUUGCUGUUCUCAUGGCGUACAUGUUGUUUGCAGCCAUUUAUUUGGCUGUCAAUACGGUGAAAUUGAUCUUGAAAAAUGCAGAUGGAGACUUCAAGCCUACCAUGUUGUUCACAAAUCAAAAAUUCCGUGAUCUUGUGGUGUCCGUGCUUAGUACUUAUUUACUUUACGGAAUAGGCGCCGUGAUUCAUGGAGAGCCUUCGUUCAUGUUCACGUCAUUCUUGCAGUACCUUUUGAUAUCGCCAACGUACAUCAAUGUGUUGAACGUGUACUCGUUCUGUAACAUUCACGAUGUAUCUUGGGGUAACAGAGAUUCGCCACAAGCCAAGGAUUUGGGUACAGCGAAGAUUACUGAGGACAAGAACGGAGAAUUGAUCAUGACUGUCGUUCCUGCGUCUGACCAGGGCCUCGAAGAGAGCUACAUGAACACAGUUGACGACUUGAAGGUUCCGCCACCAACGGUUCCAGUUGUGAUGUCCAAGAAGCUGAAGGAGGACUCAUACUAUGCGUUCUUGCGUACCAUCACCGUGUUAGUGUGGAUGUUGACCAAUGCCAUUUUGGUUGCCAUUGUAUUGGCGGCGGUUGGUCCCAAGGACGAUACCUGGAGUGACUACAGAAACUCUACGAUCUUCUUGACGGUGAUCUUGUGGAUUGUGUGUGCGCUUGCCGGAUUCCGUCUCACGGGCAGUGUCAUUUACCUUUUACAGAAGGCAUUGAGACCACUUAAAUGGUGGGCACGCAAGAGGAACAGCGUUUGA